AUGGCGGAGAAGGAAGGAGGCGUUGUUAAGAAGGGUCAUGCAGAGGGGAUUCGGCUGGCCACUUCUCUUCUUGAAGAGUUUGGCCUUCCUGGGGGACUUCUCCCUCUUGCGGACGUGAUUGAAGUUGGCUACGUUAAGGAGAGUGGCUACAUGUGGAUCUUGCAGAAGAAGAAGGUUGAACAUAAUUUCAAAAUGGUGAGCAAGCUUGUGAGCUACGACACUGAAAUCACUGGUUAUAUUGACAAGAAACGGAUCAAAAAGCUCAAGGGAGUGAAGGCCAAGGAAUUUAUGCUGUGGCCUCCGGUCAGUGAGAUCACCGUUGACGACCCACCCACAGGAAAAAUUCACUUCAAGAGCCUCGCUGGCAUCACCAAAACUUUCCCAGUUGAGGCAUUUGCUCCCGGCCAGUGA